AUGACAGCUCAGAGAGACCACCGCAAGUCUCUCGUUGUACAAGGUCUCAAGGAGGCUAUACAGGAGAGCCUCGCUAGCUAUAUAUAUCCCAAUGCAAUAUUCUGUGCCGAGCGGCUGUAUUCGUUGGAACCUACGUAUGAAUCAUUACACACGCUGGCUCACUGCUAUGUGACCAGUGGUGAUGCGGGUACCGCCUACCGGCUUCUGCAGACUCACUGUCCAUCCCUAAGUCCAUCAAACAGCGUUUCUAGCAGCAAUGUGAGUAUUAGUGGCGGUCCCGAUGCAACGGCUAAGUGGAACUGCCAGUAUUUGUUUGGGGUGACGUGCGCAAUGUCACAGCGGUACGCGGAGGGGGAGCGAGUGUUGGAUGAACUUGACCGUCAUCGCACCUGUUCUGAUGUGCAGUACUGGUUAGGCGUCUGCCGCCAACGCGGUCGGCAUGGUAACGGGGAUGAUGCGUUUGCCAGAAGCGCCAUACUAGACCCUCUUAACUUUGUGGCGUACGAGGAAUAUCUCAAAAUAACGGGAACACCAAAGGAGGAGAUGUGCCAUAUGUACUCUUCCGCGAAAGCCCCGACCGGCGCAGAGGAAACACCGCGCCGGCCCGCACCCGUUGGGGUCACUUGUAGUCGCAGCAAGACCCCCAGUACGUCUAGCAAGCAGUCGAGGCGUGAUUUUGUUCGUCAGUAUUUGUCGCCUUUUGCCGCCAUCGCUUUUAUGCAGAGGAUGUAUAUGUGCAAAGACGUACAGGCAGCGCUUCAACAGGAGGGGUUUCCUGAGCAGAGUACCAGCUGGGCAGUUGGAGCGCUGGCGAUGGCGUAUUUUCACGACGGUGAUGUAGAGAACGCAGUGAAGGAGUUUGCGCGGUUACGACAAAUAGCGCCAUGGAGGUUGGCAGACCCUUUGCUUGUGCAUUACAGUACUGCCCUCUGGCAGCGAAAGGAUACGGGGGCCCUUGGUUCCCUCUCGCAGACACUUAUUAAUGAAAUGCCCGUUUCACCCGUGACGUUAUGUGUUGCGGCCAAUGCUUACAGUCUGCUGAAAGAGUCGAAGGAGGCGCUUUGUAUGCUUGAUCGUGCCGUCCAGUUGGAUAGUGAGUUUGCUUAUGCCCAUACUUUACGUGGGUACGAGCUGCUUCACCUCGACCGCAAGCAUGACGCGUAUGAAUCCUUUCAGAACGCGGUCCUUAUUGACUCGAAUCACUAUAAUGCGUACGCCGGUCUGGGUGAGUUGUACUUUAGAAGUGAAAACAUACCACAAGCGCAAUACUACUUUAAACAGGCAAUACAAAUUAAUCCGCUUCCGAGCAUCAUGAACCGGUAUGCUGCUACAUACCACCGGCGCGACACCUCAAAGGAGAAUCUCUCUGAGGCACUUCGCAUUUAUGACAGUGCAAUUAAGCGGCAUCCAACAAACCUCGGGGCCCGGCAUCAACGGGCUGAGGUGUUAAUCCGCCUUCGACGUUACCCCGAGGCUCGUGAAGCGCUGCUGGAGAUGACGAAGGCGUGCCCUGACGAGGCAAUGCUAUAUGUGACUCUUGCAAAAUGCGUUCACUUUAUGGGGAUGCCGGGAAAGGCUGUGCAGUACUACCAUACCGCCAUGGAUCUCGACCCUCGCCGUGCGGGCUUCAUCAAGAGUUGUUUGCAGAGAAUAUCCAUGGAAGAGCCUGAGUAG